UUUCGCUUCAUUUCUCAGGGGAAACAAAAUAAAUAAAUAAAAAGAUGAAUUGAAUGGGAAAUUGCGUCUCGUCCUUUUUACCAUAUCCCAGUCUCUAUGCAUCGUUCUUCUCACAAGCUUCCAUGUGAAGAACUUGCAUAUUGUUUUCCCUUAAACUUUCAGCUAUCACCUUGCAAGAGCAGGAAUAUCCGUAAGAUUGGUUUGCUUGUCAUUAAUUUGAAAUAUAGGAGAACAUAUUCCAGCCAGAGUCUACUUGAGCCAGUUAGUGAAAGGCUCAUCACCAGCAGUCAAUUUCUCAAUCAUCCUUCUCAAAGUAGUUCCAGACAAUCUACUUGUUAUCAGAAAUUUGCAUCUGAAACUCAUUCUAUUCUUCAGUCCAGUAGUCUGCAGCACUGGUUCAAAAAUUGGCAAGAACAGAGAAAACAGAAAUUGACAGCAAGCACAUUUAGUGGGGCUAUUGGCUUUUGGCCUUGCCGAAGGGCCCAACUCUGGCUAGAAAAAAUUGGGGCAAUUGAGCCAUUUUCUGGUAACUUGGCUACCUGUUGGAGCAAUAUUAAAGAAGAGGAAGCACUUGAAAGAUACAAGCUGAUUACUGGAAAUACAGUUUCUUUUCCUGAAUUUCAGGUUUAUGGUAAGAUGGAUGCAGAAGAAGGUUGGUUAGCAGCUUCACCUGAUGGCUUAGUGGACAGGUUUGUUUAUGGGUUGCCUCUCAGAGGAGUGUUGGAGAUAAAGUGUCCAUUUUUUGGUGGAGAUAUGAGCAAGGCUUCCCCUUGGAGGCGGAUCCCCCUUUAUUGUAUUCCACAAGCUCAGGGUCUAAUGGAAAUCAUGGACCGGGAUUGGAUGGAUUUCUAUGUUUGGACUCCCAAAGGAAGCAGUCUUUUUAGGAUAUACCGAGAUGUAGAAUACUGGGAUGUUCUCAAAGUGGCGCUCUCUGACUUUUGGUGGAAGCAUGUUCAACCAGCAAAAGAAAUCUGCAGUAAAUAUGUGAUCACAGAUCCCCUCAGAGAAUUAAAAUCACUAAGGCCAGCACCCAGGCAUGAAUUACUUAGCUAUAUAGUUUAUGAAAGCAAACGUGUUGUUGACAAUUCCAAUUUAUUGAUACGUGAAAUAAAUGGACAGCUGAAAAACUAAUUUGAUGAGUGAGAAAUUGAAUUUUAAAACAAGUCUGAUUCAUUUAUGACAAUGCUCUCCUGAGGUUUGAAUAGUCAUUGAAAAUUUUGGUUACUCUAAGUUCUCUCAUAGGAUGAUCAAGGUUGGAAGUUUUUGUUCAAGAUAAUUGUUAACCGGUAUGCAUGGAAUUAUUGUCUGGUGCCCCCCUCCAUUUGGUUGGACAAAGUUGAAGGCAUAUGACUGCUGAAAGAGUUCCUAGGAACCUCAGCUGAUGAGGCAAUUUUGAGAAAAAAGGACAGGCAUUUUGCCAAAUAGGUUGACUCUGAAGUUUGUGAUCCAUCAUGCUUUUGGUUGUAUAACAGUGGGUUUUCCUGCAGUGCUUAAACUGCCUCGAGAUGGAAGUGUUUAGGUGAGUCUUGGCUGAACCUGGUUCACUUUUGUCAUGAAGGUUGGACAACAAAAUCAUGUAGCCAUGAUCCUAAUACAGCCCUUCUACAUGGCUGUAGAGACUUCUUGAAGAGAGAUUGGGCUUGAUAUAUUACACUACCUUAGAAAAGCUGUUAGCAUCCUAAUCAGUGAGCUUAUACUUGGACUUGCCUUGCUCACAUUUUUGGUGAUCCUCCAGCUAGGUUGAUUUCUCCUGUGAGAGGGGAUUCUUUCUGGUUGUUUGGCUCUGGACUUGUCACAAUAAUAAGAUUAUCUUCAAAGGGGGACAAGAAACCUCAUUGGAGACCUGGAAUAUUUAUGAAGACUGCCUAUGGAAAAUCUUUAUCAAACGUUAUGCGAGGCAACACAAAGCACAAAAGGUUGAUGCCUUGGAUCCUGUACAACCAACACUAUGAGGUAGGACAUCUACAAAAUAAGGUUUUUGGAAUACUUCAUAUAUUGGUGCACAACCCUCUUAAGCUAAUUAGUAGCUUCAUCUAAGUUAAAUGCAAUUUGAGGUGGAGCUCUAUGCUGUCGUUGCUUCACUGCCUGUGACAAGAAUACUGUGAAUGAAAAUAAUUGUCUAGCCUAGUGAUAUUCUUUAGAGUACAGAUUGAAAAUCCCUAUAAUUCCUAAUUAUAAAAUGAGUUUAGAAAUAAAUCAUGUCAGAGAAAGAUCUUUCAGCUUCAGUACAUAUUAUCAGCUAAUGUAUUUGACUUAAUAACUUAGGUAGUGGCUUAUUGCAUUACCUGAUGAGAUGCAUUGCAUUGGGGUUAAGUUCUUCCGUAUCUGGCUGCUUGGUAUCAUAUUGAUUCAAGCAGUUAUGACAAUUUGAUAAAAUCCUGGGUUGUUCAGAAUGAUACUAGAGGCGCUGUACGUGGAUUCAAGAUAAGAGUUAUGCAUAAGAUACCAAGAAAAUUGGACUGAAGACUUUGAGAUGCUUGGUUAGUGAUGUGGAGGGAAAAUUGAAGCAGAAAAUGAGGAAUGCUCUUAGAGGAAAUCAAGGAUGGACUACAGAUGGAUAUUAUAGUACAUUGAUUAGGACAGUGUAAUUUUUUAUUUUAAAAAGAGGCUGAUGCAAGAUACUGAGAAAGCUCUGAAGAUAAGGAGUGUGGGGCACACCUCAAAUGCUCAAAGUCACAGUUUCCAUUUGAUGGUCAUUGAUUUAUUGCUGUUGGAGGAAUAUAUAUGGAGGUUACCAUGUGGUAACAUGAAUACUCUUGCUUUUACUGCCUCAAAUGAUUUGGUAAGAAAACAUUUGAAUUCUUCAUGGAGGUUUUUCUUUGCGCAAAUGAAUUCAUUGAUAUGAUGGAGAGGGAUCAUGCCCGUUGCCAAUUGUUAGAGCCUUUGCUUGAAGAACCAUAAAACUCUUUAUUAAGAGGCUUCUCGGUUUCAGACAAAAUCCCAUCUAAAGAAAAUCGAAUUAGCUUUCAUCCAAAGGCUUUCAAAAAGUAGGAGUUAUAAUGUGUUGAUGAUACUCUCUUUUGUAAUAGUUUUCUACUGUAAGAGUUCAUUUUGCAGAUAUGUUAUGUACGUAAUUGUGAUGUAUUGUUAUGAAGAAAAAUUGAUGGAACAAAAACACAAGUCAGAGCUACAUCUAACUUGAUUACGAAGACAGCGGGUUUAUCUUAAA